CUCUCCGUUUGCUGCUCUCACUCUCUCACUGCGUUUUAGGGUGAAAAUUGCGUUAAUUUUAGUAUGAAAAUGCCGGUCUCGAUGCCAACGCACAGUCGCUGUUCGCAGUCAAAGCCGUUUUGUUGUGUCCGCGCUCUCGAGUGACAAUGUGCGCUAUUCGCCAUUAGAAGAGGGUAAGCAGAAGAAUCCCACAGUGCAGACAUCAUGACGGACCGAUAUGCCAAUGGAGUGACCACCAGCCUGGUCGAGCCCACAAAUGGAUGCGCCGCGCCGGGUAAUCCAAAUCCCGCUGAUGGCGAGGAGAAGAUUGUCCUCAAGCGGAAGCUAACACUCAUCAAUGGAGUGGCCAUCAUAGUGGGCACCAUCAUUGGAUCGGGCAUCUUCAUUGCUCCCACGGGAGUCUUUAUUUACACCGAAUCCGUGGGAAGCUCCCUUUUGAUUUGGCUGACUUGCGGCAUUUUAUCGACGAUCGGAGCUCUGUGCUACGCGGAACUGGGCACAUGCAUCACAAGAUCUGGCGGGGAUUACGCCUACCUGCUGGUGUCCUUUGGACCGCUGGUGGGAUUCCUUCGCCUCUGGAUCGCACUGCUCAUCAUCCGGCCAACCACGCAGACCAUUGUGGCUCUAUCUUUUGCCCAUUAUGCGGUCAAGCCAUUCUUUCCGGAAUGCGAUCCCCCACAGAAUGCGGUGAAACUGCUGGCUGCCAUAUGUCUAACUCUGCUCACCACAAUCAAUUGCCUGUCGGUGAAGGUGUCCAUGAAAGUGCAGGAUGUGUUCACGGUGGGCAAGCUGCUGGCCCUCAUCAUGAUUAUCCUGUCCGGACUGUACUACAUGGCCACUGGCGAGCUGGAGAACUUCAGAAAUCCGUGGGAGGGUAUCUACACGGCCCGCAACAUUGGCUACGCCUUCUACUCCGGUCUGUUUGCCUUUGGUGGCUGGAACUACUUAAACUUUGUGACGGAGGAGCUACAGGAUCCAUACAAGAAUCUGCCGCGCGCCAUUUGGAUAGCCAUGCCCCUGGUCACGAGCAUCUAUGUUCUGGUCAACUUGGCCUAUUUCGCCGUGGUAAACAAGCCGGAGAUGCUCAGUUCGCUGGCCGUGGCGGUGACCUUUGGAAACCGAGUGUUCGGACCGCUGGCCUUCAUGGUGCCCAUUUUCGUGGCGCUAAGCACAUUUGGUGGCGUCAACGGGGUGCUCUUCACAUCGGCGCGCCUUUUCGCUACUGGGGCUCAGGAGGGGCAUUUGCCCAAGUUUUUCCAGCUGUUCCACGUGAAACAACAGACGCCCAUUCCCUCCCUGAUUUUCACGUGUCUUAUGUCGCUGCUCAUGCUGCUCACGGAUAACGUGUACCAGUUGAUCAACUACUUCAGCUCGGUGCUCUGGCUCUCAGUGGUGGCCAGCAUAGCCGGAAUGUUGUGGCUCCGGCAUAAGAGGCCCGACUUGCCCCGACCCAUUAAAGUCCAUCUUGCGCUGCCCAUCACCUUCAUGGUAAGCUGCGUGACACUCGUACUGCUGCCCAAUUUGGAGGAGCCACAAAAUCUGCUCAUUGGCAUCGGCAUAACCCUGGCUGGCAUUCCGUUCUACUACGCCUUCAUCGCCCGAAAAAAGAAGCCCAAGUGCUACGGCCGAUUGUCCAAUUCCGUAGUGGAGAUUUGCCGGGCCAUCUUCAAUACCACCAUUAUCGAAUCGAAUGAGGCUAUUAACUAGGCCUACAUAUAUGUGUGUACCACAACCGUAGAAUUUAUGCAUUUAGUUAAAAAAAAACACUCGUAAUUGAUAUUCGAAAAACGUGAAACUGAAAACUUGUUAAAUUUGAAACCGUUUUAAGUGCCGUUUGUAUGAUAUUUUAGCAUUGCUCAUCACCAAAAUUGGCGUCGAUUAGAAUUUAGUUUUUAUCGUAUGUACGUAUUUAUUUUUUUUUUAGCGAUCCCCUCAGUUAACAGGUUUUUGCAAAACCCCCGCCUUUUUGGCCCACUUCCCACAAAAGUUUACUUUUUAUGUCUAUGGUUAGGUGCAACAAUCCGAAUUCCUUUGUUAAAACAAUCAGGAAAUAAGUGAAUGCGCUUAUAUGGGAACAAACUACGAAUAUGUAACAUGUUUAGGGAAGCUACACAGCUAGCAGUACAAUAAGGAGCAUAUUGAUGUUUAAACAUAACCGCUUAGCAAAUAAAUGUAUUAUUGC